AUGAUAACUUCAAACGUUGUCAAAUAUCUCAACGGAUUGUGGAGAAACAUUCCCCAAAACAGAUUUGCCAAAUUAAUGUCAACCGCGAAUAUUGAGAAAAUUGAACAUUUUUCUGCUAUGAAAAGCUUUUGGUGGGAUAAAAAUGGUCCUUUAAAAGGCCUCCAUAAUUACACUACAUUUAAAACACAGAUUGUGAAAAAUGGAUUAAACUCUGGAGUCGAAAUACAGAAUUCAGAUCUUCCGUUAAAAGGAAUCAAUAUUGUAGAAGUUGGCUGUGGUGGAGGUAUACUAACCGAGAGUUUAGCUAGAGCAGGAGCUCAAGUAACUGGAAUAGACGUAUCGGCAGAAUUAAUAAAUGUUGCUAAAGAGCAUAUAAAAUUAGAUCCCAGUAUAUCAAAAAGAGUAAAUUAUAUUCACACAACUGUGGAAGACUUCGCACAAAAGGAGAGAGAAAACAGCGCAUAUGAUGCUGUUGUAACUACUGACGUUUUGCAAUAUGUAACUGAUCAAGAACUAUUUUUAAAGGAAUGUGUAAAACUUUUGAAACCUGGAAAAUCAAUUUUUAUAACAACAAUAAAUAAAACUCUGAUGUCUUGGCUUUGUUUUAAAGUAGCAGGCGAAUUCAUUUUCAGAAGUAUACCCUUCGGCGUUUUUGAUUGGGGUAAAUUUAUUGCUCCACAUGAAGUUCAAUGUAUAUUAAAGAAUUAUGGUUGCGAAACGAAAUCGAUUCGUGGUAUGAAAUUUAAUCCAAUGACAAGACAUUGUUCUUGGUCGUCAAAUGUAUUUAAUCUUUAUGGACUUCAUGCAAUCAAACAAAAAGAAAUUGUAUAA